CAAAUGAAGUUCCUUUUCCACAGCUGGUGAUGGCGGAUGUUAUGGAAAAAGACACCAUGAGGAAUUACCACAUAGCGUCAGAGAAAAUGAACCCAGAGGCCAGCCGCUACCCGUACUGUAUCGUGUGGACUCCUAUCCCCGUGUUAUCAUGGCUGUUUCCAUUCAUCGGACACAUGGGAAUCUGCACUUCCACCGGCGUCAUCCGGGACUUUGCCGGACCUUACUUUGUCUCAGAGGACAACAUGGCUUUUGGAAGACCAACAAAGUACUGGAUGCUUGACGUUAGCAAAGUCUACGCAAGUGGCUCUAACGCCUGGGACACAGCGGUGCACGACGCUUCAGAGGAGUACAAGCACAGGAUGCACAACCUCUGCUGUGACAACUGUCACUCGCACGUCGCCAUGGCUCUGAACCUGAUGCGAUACGAAAACAGCACCUCGUGGAACAUGAUCAAACUUUGCCUCCUUGCUCUGAUCCACGGAAAGCACGUGAGCUGUGCUGGCUUCCUGAAAACCUGGCUGCCUUUCCUGAUGCUCAUGGGCAUCAUCCUCACAGUGGCCCUGGCCAUCAACCUGCGGUGACCUGGGAAGGCAGGUUCACGACAAAAGCGGAACCCCCACAGGUCUGAUGUAUGUGGGGCUGACCUAUUAAACAUCAAGAGGGGGAGGGAGAGAGGAAGGGGCAUCACACGGCGUUGAGCGAGGAAAUAAAAGACUACUCACCUCCCAAGAGAAGACGUCCAACACAUGUAUACCAACACAUGUUUGGUCUAUGGAAAGCAGGCGACCCUUGUUACUGGCAUUACUCCAGUGGUGGAGCUGGAAUUGCCUUAGUGACUGACAUUCAUCUAUAUUCAUUUAUUUUGAGAGAAGGGACUGAACACCCCCCCUCCUCACUUCCACCACCACUGCAACUAACAGGACCACACAAACACACUUAAUGGAUUAAAGAAAGCUUAAAAGCAGGUUUAAGCUACCAGCACCUGCAAAGUCUAGAAGUUCGGUAGCCCGAUUCAUAGGUGAAACAGACGUAGGUCAGCGUCAAAUUCUCUCGAGGGAAAAACAUCCAUGCCUCGUUUUCGGAUUUGGAGCGGUCUUUCUUUGUAAUGGAUUGGGAUCCUCGUAAUCCCAUGAUUCAGUGCUUCCCGAAUGCCAUUUUUUUUCUACCGGGGAGCACAAACAUGUUAAGUCAAUUAGCUGCCUUUCUAGGGAAUUUAUCGCGUUUCAUGCUCGAUUUAACGUAGCUCUUCCACAGCGCCGCGACUUAAACCGAAAUACGUCGGAGCAAGUUUGUAUUAUUGUGCUUUUUUUUUCUCUCUCUCUGUGUUUCUUACAGCAUU